CAGGUUACUGUGUUCAGCUGAACAUGAUCAGUAGAUCAGCAGGUUGGUGGUUCAACUGAUAUAAAGAUAUAAUCUGAUUUCAUCAGCGAUGAUAACAUGCAGAUUAGCAUUAGCUUUAGCAUUAGCUUUAGCAUUAGCUUAGCUUCAGAUCAGAUCAGAUGGAUCUGUAUUCAUCCUCUGGAGGAGAUUCAGUCAAAGCAGCAACAUCAUCAAACAUCAUGAACACAGUGAAGCAGGACAGGUAUACAGGUAUACAGGUAUACAGACAUACAGACAUUAUAAACACAGUAAUAGAGAUGUAAACAGAGUGAACAGGUGAACAGUCCGUCAAUCAAUACAUGUAGUAUGUAGAAUAAGACCUCCUCACUGACUGCUGGUGUUAUAUGGACCUGUGUUAGUGUUACAUGGACCUGUGUUAGUGUUACAUGGACCUGUGUUAGUGUUACAUGGACCUGUGUUAGUGUUACAUGGACCUGUGUUAGUGUUACAUGGACCUGUGUUAGUGUUAGAUGGACCUGUGUUAGUGUUACAUGGACCUGUGUUAGUGUUACAUGGACCUGUGUUAGUGUUACAUGGACCUGUGUUAGUGUUACAUGGACCUGUGUUAGUGUUAUAUGGACCUGUGUUAGUGUUACAUGGACCUGUGUUAGUGUUAUAUGGACCUGUGUUAGUGUUACAUGGACCUGUGUUAGUGUUACAUGGACCUGUGUUAGUGUUACAUGGACCUGUGUUAGUGUUAGAUGGACCUGUGUUAGUGUUACAUGGACCUGUGUUAGUGUUACAUGGACCUGUGUUAGUGUUAGAUGGACCUGUGUUAGUGUUAGAUGGACCUGUGUUAGUGUUAGAUGGACCUGUGUUAGUGUUAGAUGGACCUGUGUUAGUGUUAGAUGGACCUGUGUUAGUGUUACAUGGACCUGUGUUAGUGUUACAUGGACCUGUGUUAGUGUUAGAUGGACCUGUGUUGUGUUCUCUGUGUAUAUAGUACCAGUGUAAACCUGUGUUCUGCCGGUCUGGUUUAUCUCAUCUCAUUGCCUCUCAGAUGGCCCACUGGUCACCUCCUAGUCAGCAGGUCUACCCAGGUCUGAUAGGAGGUCUGAUAGGAGGUCUGAUAGGAGGUCUGAUUAUAGGAGGUCUGAUUAUAGGAGGUCUGAUAGGAGGUCUGAUAGGAGGUCUGAUUAUAGGAGGUCUGAUAGGAGGUCUGAUAGGAGGUCUGAUUAUAGGAGGUCUGAUUAUAGGAGGUCUGAUAGGAGGUCUGAUAGGAGGUCUGAUAGGAGGUCUGAUAGGAGGUCUGAUAAGAGGUCUGAUUAUAGGAGGUCUGAUAGGAUGUCUGAUAGGAGGUCUGAUUAUAGGAGGUCUGAUAGGAUGUCUGAUAGGAGGUCUGAUUAUAGGAGGUCUGAUAGGAGGUCUGAUAGGAGGUCUGAUAGGAGGUCUGAUAGGAGGUCUGAUUAUAGGAGGUCUGAUUAUAGGAGGUCUGAUAGGAGGUCUGAUUAUAGGAGGUCUGAUAGGAGGUCUGAUAGGAGGUCUGAUUAUAGGAGGUCUGAUUAUAGGAGGUCUGAUUAUAGGAGGUCUGAUAGGAGGUCUGAUUAUAGGAGGUCUGAUUAUAGGAGGUCUGAUUAUAGGAGGUCUGAUAGGAUGUUAGGAUGUUGUGUAGUUACAGUUGAAGGAAAGUGAGAAAGAGGUGAUCUAAUAUUUGCUAAUGUGUCAUUUCACAACACGAGUCCAGUUAGUUCUGUUAAAAGCAGAGUUUGUUAAUGAAGUCUGGUCUGGAACUGAACCCCUGAACAGCUGAUCUCUAUUCUGACACACUGGACAUCCAGUCAUCACCUCUUACUGGCAUUAAAUGAUAGACAAAUAGUUGAGUGUAGUUGGUCACUAGCUGGUGUUCCAACACAGUCAGGUUAAACUGUGUUGAACUGAACAUGAAUCAGUAGAUCAGCAGGUUAGUGGUUGAACUGAUAUAAUCUGGUAAUUUUUUCAUUAGCAAUGACAACAUGAAGAUUAGCAUUAGCUUAGCUUCCAGUAGAUUCAACAUUCAAGAGUUUUAUUUGCCAUUAUCAUCUAUAAGUUCACCUACAGUAAGUUCAUGUGAAUUGUGAUCAGUUUACAUCGAGUCAGCUUUAAGAAAAGAAAAGGUAGAAAAGACACUACAAGGUAAUUACAGAACAGAAUAAGUAGCACAUUCAACUCAACAUAAUAAAUAAAU